AUGUCGGGGUUAGAACCUGUUGUGUUUCUAGGAAAAGGUGCUAGGGUCAUGUUAACCAUGAAUUUGUGGUCAAGUGUUGGUCUCUGCAAUGGUGCUACUAGGACAGUUGUUGAUAUUAUCUAUCAGAACAACCAUCAACCAGCUGACUUACCUAUUGCG